AUGUUGCGCAACACACUCAUGUCCACGUCGGACGCCGUCCUGCUCUUCGACGCAGGAGCAGGUCAGUCGCAAGGAAGUCGGCAAUUCCAGGAAGACCGUUGCACAUUCAUCCUGCCGGACCAAUUCCCUGCCAAGACAGAUGAUAAGCUUGCCUUUUUUGCUAUCUACGACGGACAUGGCUCUGGAUUGGUUUCAGAACAUGCUAGUCGCAACCUACACCACCUUCUAGCCAAGCGCCCUGAGUUUGAUCAGGGAAACUAUGUCGCAGCCAUUCGAGGAGCCUUGUCAGACAUGGACGGGGAACUGCUCGAGACUUUCAAGCAUGAGACAUCCGAGCCAGCAAUGUCUGGAUCUACAGUCGCCUUGUGUUUCGUGAAUCUAACAAAGGGCGACUUGAUCGUCUCCAACCUCGGCGAUUCGUGCGUGAUCCUGGCGGAGCGGGAUCCUAAAACAGACCGUCCGUACCAUAUGCGCCGCCUAACCAUGGCUCACAAGCCAGAUGUGCCUAGCGAACAGGUCCGCAUCGAGAAAGCAGGCGGCAAGGUCAAUACACGCAGCGGAAGUGCUCGCCUUGGCUCUUUGAACAUGUCUCGAGCUAUCGGCGACCUGCAGUAUAAGAACCCGGUCAACACCCUCGACGAGGACAGCUCGACUCAACACACUCGACGAGCAUCCUCAUCAUCUACUCCGUCCGAAGCAAGAGGAGACUUUAUAUCAAACGAACCGUACACGUCUAAUCACACACUGCAGUCAGACCGUCGGUACUUGCUGGUCAUCGUCUCCGACGGCGUGAGUGACCAUACGGAUGACGCCAGUUUGAUUCAACAUGUGAUGAAGCUAUCGAUGCGAGGGAUGAGGGCUAGCGAUGUCGCGCAGGAGAUCGCAUCCACUGCUGCCAGCCGCCCCACAAGUGACAAUGCUUCUUGUAUCGUUGCGAUGCUGGAUGGACAAAAGUCGUGA